AAUUUCAUAAAGUCAUAUUCUCAUAAAUUUGUAAUAAAAUCUUCGUUGUUUAUCUAAAAAGUUUAUCCAUUAAUAAAAACUUAGAGCUUGAGCUCUUUUUUUUCCUUUCCUACAACGAAAUCACAUUCCAAACGUUACAAAAAAUAGCUUUGGUCAAAUUUUAAUUUUUGUACGUGAUGACAAACAAUAAGAUGUUUCUCGUGUAUUAUUAUUUAUAGUAUUAAUGUCUAAUCUGAGGGUUAUAUCUAAAUCAAAAAUUUCUAAUCUUGAUAAGAAAUUGAUAAAGUUAUUAUAGCGUCGAUCAUGUAAUUUUAACUUAAUUUUUUGUGAAACAUGUUUUGGUCGUGUAAGUUUGUUACUAUUGUGUUUUUAUUAAAUGGUGAGUUAGUUUACGCGAACGUAGAGACAGCUGAAGGAUGCAAUAAUUCAAGUUCGGCUAGAGUAGAAUACAAGUAUAAUACAGAUGUUAUCAGUACUGAGCAUAUAAUUACAUUUAAUGGAUAUUUUAUGAAAUCCACCAGAGAAAAGUAUGUUGCUGCAGCACUAUAUAAUAUUGGCAUUACAAACUGGACUAUACUGCAAAGAAAUAACCCAGCUAAGGAGUUUCCCAGUGACUUUGAUGUUAUAAUACUAGAAGAAGGAGAACGGCGCGCACUUAAUGCCUUGAAGGACCAUCCUGCUGUGCGCAGAGUGACCAUUCAACGACAGGUGCAGAGGACAAUCAAAUACAUCAGAGAUGAUGAUUGUGGAUCCUCAUCCUGCCUGUACUCUGGCUGGCGAAACCAUCGCGCCCGCAAUAUCCGCUCGUUCAGGCAGCCACGUGAGAAUGGCGGCUACACAUCCAGGAAGUUGCUGAGAACAGUGCCUCGUCAAAUCACUUCAGUGCUCAAGGCAGAUGUUCUCUGGUCUCUUGGUGUAACAGGUGAAGGCAUAAGAGUUGCGGUAUUCGACACUGGUCUGGCACGCCAUCACCCGCACUUUGGGCGCGUGCGCGAGCGCACGGACUGGACCGGGGAGAAUACUUUGGACGACGCCCUCGGCCACGGCACCUUCGUCGCGGGCGUCAUCGCCUCCAGAGCCGAUUGUCUUGGCUUCGCGCCCGACGCCGAUCUGCAUAUAUUUAGAGUUUUCACUGACAACCAGGUUUCGUAUACGUCAUGGUUCCUGGACGCGUUCAACUACGCGAUCAUGCGUAAAAUUGACAUCCUGAACCUCAGCAUCGGCGGGCCCGAUUUUAUGGACCACCCUUUCGUGGACAAGGUGUGGGAACUCAGCGCGAAUAAGGUAAUAAUGGUGUCAGCGAUCGGCAACGACGGUCCUCUGUACGGCACGCUCAACAACCCGGCAGACCAGAUGGACGUCAUCGGCGUCGGCGGCAUCGGGUUUGAUGACCGGAUCGCCAAAUUCUCUUCCCGAGGGAUGACUACUUGGGAGUUACCGCAUGGCUACGGGCGCAUGAAGCCGGACAUCGUGACGUACGGCAGCGGCGUGCAGGGCUCCAGCGUGUCCGGCGGCUGCAGGUCUCUCAGUGGUACGUCAGUAGCCUCUCCGGUAGUGGCUGGCGCCAUAGCGUUGCUAGCUAGUGGCGUGCCACGGCAUCACCUGAGUCCGGCGUCCGUGAAGCAGGCGCUGUGUAUUACCGCGCGGCGGCUCAACGGCCCCAACAUGUUCGAGCAGGGACAUGGGAAACUCGACCUUAUCAGCGCUUAUCAGUUCCUCCGCGAAUACACACCGCAGGCGAGUCUAAGCCCGCCGUAUAUUGACCUCACGGAGUGCCAGUACAUGUGGCCGUACUGCACCCAGCCGCUGUACUACAGCGCGCAGCCCACCAUCACCAACGUCACCGUCAUCAACGGGCUCGGCGUGGCCGGCGAAGUGAAAGAGGUGAGCUGGCAUCCUCACCUGCCGCACGGAGGGCUGCUGUCGGUGUCCAGCGAGCACAGCCAGAUCCUGUGGCCGUGGUCCGGCUGGCUGGCGCUCAGCUUCUCCGUGAGCGAGGCCGCCGCCGACUUCGACGGCGUCAUCGAAGGUCACGUAAACGUCACGAUUGAAAGCCACACGGACUUUGGCGAGAGGACUCUUAUGAACGUCACUCUCAUGCUGCCCAUUCGCGCCCGCGUGAUCCCAGUCCCGGUGCGGUCCCGGCGUCUCCUGUGGGACCAGUUCCACAGUCUGCGGUACCCGGGGGGCUACUUCCCGCGGGACGACUUGCGGGCCAAACACGACCCGCUAGAUUGGCACGCGGACCACGUGCACACCAACUUUCGGGACAUGUACCGCCGCCUUAGGGAACACGGAUUCUACCUUGAAGUCAUGGGUACUCCGUUAACUUGCAUCGACACCUCCCUGUACGGGGCCCUGCUGCUCGUGGACCCCGAAGACGAGUACUUCCCCGAAGAGAUGUCCACCCUGAAGAAGGCGGUGGACGCGGGUCUGUCGCUCGUGGUAUUCGCUGAUUGGUACAACGCGUCGCUGCUAAGGCACGUCAAGUUUUACGACGAGAACACCCGCCAGUGGUGGAUACCAGAAACGGGGGGUGCAAACGUUCCAGCAUUGAACGAUUUACUGAGCAUGUAUCAGGUGGCGUUAGGUGACCGCGUGUUCGAGGGAUCGUUCAAGUUGGGUGGUCACCCGAUGUACUACGCUAGCGGCACACACAUUCACAGCUUCCCCGAACACGGGGUUCUCAUCACAGCUCGUCUCAGCGACCAAGGGCAUCAGAUAAUGUCCGGGGAGAAGCUAAACGGCGGGGCAGCGGCGGGCGGGGGGCCGACGGUCGACGUGCCAAUAUUGGGCCUACUGCAGACCGACACGGGUGCGAGGGACUACGCCAACGACACACUCGACAAAUUACCCAAGGCGGGCAGACUAGUGGUGUACGGCGACUCCUCGUGCCUGGAAGGGGGCGCGGCGCGGCCCUGCCACUGGCUGCUGCUGGCGGCGCUGCAGUAUGCGCUGGUGGGACACCUGCCCUCAGUGCUCAAGGAGGCCGCCACCCCCACGCAGAACAGACUGAAGGAUGUCCAUAUCAUACCCUCGGAUCUGCCGAAGCGCGCAGAGGGCGGACGCCUGCACGUGUACUCGCGGGUGUUGUCCCCGGACGGAAGCGGGCCCCGGCCGGCGCCCCCGUGCCCCAGCGCCAGCCCCGUGCCCCCGCAGCCCGUGCACGCGCCCCCUGCCGCCCGCACCCUCGCCCCAAGGCACCAGCCCACCGAUCCCAAAAGUAUUGGUGCCCCUGAAAUGGAAGGCACAGAGGCCGCCCCGCGCACGUGGCGAGGCGCGGGGGCGGCGCCCUCGCGCGCGCACCCGGGCCUCGAACCCCAGCCCACCGGCACCGCCAGCCGAGCUAUAACGCUCCUGGCCAUCAUCGCCAUCGUCUACUGCAUCACCACUUUAUGGAAGCGAUGCGGCAGGAAAAUCAGAAGACGGAGACUCAUGUCUCUAGCUACCUAGCAUAAAGCACAUAACAAUAAAGGAAAAAAAUAGGACAAACAAGUGUACUUGGAUCAAGUUACACAGUGAUGAGUUAUUAGCUCGUUUUCUCAUUCGAGGGCGUAUAUUUCUGAUUUGUAUAUACUCCUAUUAGCAAGUACGUAUUUAACUUAUUUUUUAAUGAUACUUUGUGAUGUAUGAUAGCCUUUUAUAAGCACUACGUGAGUAUGGGUAGUUAUCUAAAUGUGGUCAAGUUCAAUACAAAGACAAACGUAAUGUCUUCGCGUAUGUUAAUUAGGAUAGACAUGUAAAUGAAUCAUGACAAAGUUGUUAUAAAACGGAACGGUCAUUGUAUUUUUAUUUUUAAAUUUGAUAUUAACAUAUUUUUAAAUGUUUAUGUGCACAACAACAACACAACUGAUAUUUUGAUUUAGAACACUCGUUAUCUACAUCGAUUUUAUUAUAAUAUUGUUUUGGCUUCUAAUGAUACUAAAUAGUUCUCCUACCUAUCUGAUAAAAUCGCGAACUUUUAGUUAUUGCGCACAGAUUAAAGUUAACGUCAAAGUAGACUGGUGCAUCUGGGGAUAACUAUGCACUGAAUUUAAAUUAGUACUUUAUCAACAAAAUCUAAACCAUCACCGCAUUUAUUAACACAAUUGACAUUUUUUUAAUGAAGGUGGUUAAUUAUAAUAUUUGUUAAGCAUUUUCAAUUAAUGUCAUAUAUUCCUUUUAAUAUAUUUAGGUACCAAUGUAUAUAAAUAAAAUUUAUAUCGUCACGUAAAUUAAGUAAAACUACAACCCAUUGCUCCAUUGCACUACGCGCUGUGUUCUGUCAAAAUACAACACAACGGUGCGGCAACGCACAGCAUCGACGAAUUGAUGGAGCCCUUAAAUAUAUCAUAUUUAGUGUAUCUCAAAAUCGUGAAAUCUAUUUGAUUUUAAUUUCGUACGUCGAAGAUACUUCUUCCAUACAAUUUCUACGUUCUGCAUUGAUCCGUCAAUGUAAAUCAACAUAACGGAGAACGAUGUCGAGAGCAAUGUAGCCUCGUAUGUAUAACGGUGAAGGAAUGAUCAAAAUGACAUUUAUCUAGCAAAGGUAGUCCUGUAGGCGGCGUUCAAAUAAUUAAUUAAUUAAAAUGGUCUAGGCGUUAUUUAAAAAGCAUUUAUUGUAUUUGACUUUAUCUUUGAGAAAAUGGUAUCUGAAAAUUUUCGUGUGCGUUUUUCCAGCUAGAAAGUAUCUCCUAUAGAAAUAUGAAUAGAACCUAUUGUUAUUAUUGACUAAUCAGUUAUGUAUGUGCCCGGCAUAAAACAUUUGUCUUUUGCCUUUGCGAAAAUAUAAUUUAUGGGUGUUUAGGUUACGGAGAUACUGAGAUUUUUGCAAAAUCGUGUUUCUCUUAAACCAUUACAAGUACGCAUGUAGACUUAAUAUGCAUUAGUAGCUCUUGAUACAAAUCAAGCAUUUAUGAGCACAAGCUCAUGGCACAUAUAGUUAGAUUAAUAAAAAUACUUAUAAUUUACGAGAAAUCGCACUUCUUGAAAAACAAAAAAAUAAUCGCAGCGCCGAAAUGAGAAAACGCAAGUCAUCUGAAAACUGUAUUCGAUCCUUCUUGAUGUAAUAAUGAUGAUUAUCAUAAAAAGUUUCAAAAGUUAUUGAAUUAUAGUACUAAAAAUCUAAACGGCGCUAUCAUUAGUUUGACGUCAACGUUAAAGAAAUCGGGUCAACCCAAAACGUGCUGGUGUGAACCAAAAGUUAGUGCAUAUAAUCAAAUAAGUCGGUGAAAAUUAUCAGCUUAAAAUUUUUUGUAUGUAAAUAGAUAAUAAUAGAAAACGAAACAUGCAAAUAACGCUGGUUAUCCGACCAAAUUCGAGUGACUACGAAAAAGCGGCGGUUAUGCCGGGUAAAUAAAUAUAAAUAGCUAAUUAGGCACUAAUUAUAGGUUCAAUUCAUAUUUCUGUAGGAGAGAUUUUCUAGCUGAAGUAACGCACACAAAAUUUCCUGAAAUUUCCUGUUGUGAAUAGAAAGAAAUUUGAGAAAGUAAUAAUUGAAAGUAAUAUUGUGAUAUUGAAACAAUAUUGAAUCUUUAUUGUGUACUAAGUUGAUAAACUUGGGAUAACGUGUAGAGUCGCUAAUGCUAUUUAUGCCUAUACUAAAUACAUUUUAAUACAUGUAUUUAGGCUCCACUAUAGUCAUAAAUAAACUCUUAUACAGCUUUAAUAAACCUUUAUGUUUAUGUUUUUGAAGCUACAAGUCGACAUUAGUACUUGUAUUUUGGUUCCGUAAAACUAGACCUAAACCCUGAUAGAAUGAAAUCGUACCGGAUCGUUAUCCCAAUUCUUAUAUAAUAUUGAUAGACAUGCACUUCAUUUUAAUAGCUACUGAAUAAAAUAAAAAGAUAAAUCGUAACACAUCUCAAAUCUCUUAUGUCAUAUUGUAGUUCUUUAUAAUAAUUUUAUACAACACUUAAUUUGGUGUUUAUUAGUUGAGUCUAUGUUUUAAUGUUACUCUUAACUACGACUAUAUUGUUUUAGUAAAAAACCCGAAAAGAGGAUCGUUGGUAACUAAAAAGCGAUUAUAUGACUGUAGGUCGUGUAAUCAAUUUGUUUAUACGGCUAACCUUUUUGUGUAUAUUCGUGAUGUGGGCAUGUUUGUUGGAUAAAACGAAGCUAACGAUAGGCAUUAAUGAAGAAGAAGUAAAUGGAAGAUUAGGUCAGGGCCUCGACCUAACUUCCACUACCGUACCGCCAACAGAUUGCGGAUGUCUAAAGAGUGAUUUUUUAAAAUAAAAUAUGUCAGCGUAUCGCGGCAAACUGUAAUGGAAAUCCCUAGUCUCUGUCUGCCCUCAUUGUGGGAAACAGGCAUUAAUAAUGUAUUGUAGCUACUUGGGAAUAGAAUAGGUCUAGCCGACUAAUGUAAUUUAUGUUAUAAUUUCACUUUGCACAUUUAUUUUAUCUCGACAUUUUCAUUCAUUUUUGAAUACUUUUUUUUAAUUACGGCAUUUCAAUUGAUAUAUAAGUACCUACGUCUAAAUACUUCUAAUAUAGUUUUAAGACCAAAUUUGUUAAUUGACGACUUUGAAGAAAACGUUUUCUUCAACUGUCCUUUGGAAGUCAGUAAUAAACUUAAAAUGUAUGACGUCAUUAAAAUAAAUCAUUUAAUGGCGUUAUAAUUUAUCUUAUCAUCCUACCUAACUGAAAAAAAGAAUUUUGACUUUGAAGUAAAUGUUGCUGGUCACUAAUGUUGACCCUCAAGUAUCUUGCUUAAUUUUGGCUAGAAAUUGGUAUAUCAUUCUCAUCUUCUGGCAGAACUAAGUAAGUAAGGUCUUGUGGUCUUUAUAGUGCCGCCGCCGCGCCGGUCCCGGUUAUCCCAGGUAAAGCAGUAUACGGUAAUACACCUCAUGGUGUAGGUAAUUAUGUCGCGGCCAUCUGGUUAAAUCAGCCUUUGAAUAACGUCUCUUCAACAUCCUAGUUUCUUAUAAUCGCAUCUAAUAAAAUAAGAUAUGGUAAAUCUAAACUUACACUUAAGUGAAACUGUCUGUGUUAUUACACCUAGUUCUAAUCAAGUAAUGAUCGGCCUAGGUGUUCGUGUUCAAUUGAAUGCCGAAUUUUAAUGGACUGGCUAGCCUUCCUCUUCUGAUACUGAUUUAACCAGAUGACUUCGACAUAUCUGCUAUCUUCGGUUAGCAUUAGCCCAUAUCAUUGCGAUUAGAACUAGGUGCAGUAACACAGAUGGUUUCACUUAAGUUUAGGUUUACCAUAUUAUACUUUAUAACGAUGCGAUGAGAAAUGUUCAAGAUGUUGAAGAGGCGUUUAUAUGUUUCUAUUGACUCAAUCUACCUUGCCACUACAAUCUACUAAAAAUCCAUAUGAUAAGAUGAAGAUAAUAAUGGCCGGACGAUUUGAUUAUUUCUGUAGUCGUUAUCUCUUUAUCCUCUCAUGUGGGGCAUUGCUAUAAGUGCUCGGGCGAAGUGACCUGUUUUACAUCAUGCAAAGAUUUUCUUUUGAUGAAUUUCUGAAUGCUUUUUGCCAAAGAAUUAUAAUAAAAAAUAACUUUUCACUAGAAUGUUCUUUUCUUGUACCUAGUGUAAUUAUUGUAAAAUAUUGCAUAAUAUAUUUUAUCCCAAGUAAAAACUAUUCAGGUCUUCGCAAACGAUUAAAUAUUGUAUAUAUUAUUACAACUAUUUAAUAAGGACAGUUUUUAUAACUUGUAUUGUACGUUAUAAUGAUAAAAUCUUAAUUACGGACAUUAUGUUAUGAAAAGAUGGUUAGGUAAUAAUUAUAUCUAUCUAGAGCUUGAAAUUGGCGAUUGUUCGCAUUAAAUUUAGGUACUUAAAGAAGAAAUAAUAAAACAUAUAUUGUU